AUGGCCUCGUCCUCCGCGGCAGCCGGCCUGCUGGCCCGCCAGCUGAAGCAGAUGCAAAACGACAAGGACAUACCAGGCAUAUCGUGUGGGCUGGUCGACAACAAUGUCUUCGAGUGGGAAGUCAUGCUCAUGAUCAAUGACGAGACGAAGUACUACGGCGGUGGAUUCUUCCGCGCACGCCUCACAUUUCCCACUGAGUACCCUCUCCUCCCUCCUAAGAUGCGCUUCGAAACACCCCUCUUUCACCCGAACAUAUACCCCAACGGCGAUGUGUGCAUUUCGAUUCUCCACCCACCCGAGGAAGACAAGUACGGCUACGAGUCUGCUGCUGAGCGCUGGUCACCGGUGCAAACACCUGAAACUAUACUCCUUUCCGUGAUUUCCAUGCUCUCAUCGCCCAACGACGAGUCACCAGCCAAUGUCGAAGCUGCGUCGCUAUGGCGAGAAAACCUACCAGAGUUCAAGAAGCGCGUACGGAAGUGUGUGAGAGACAGCCUGGAGUUUGAGUAG